UCGGCUACAGGCAGUACUACUCGCCAGGUUUGCCGUGAGAAGUGAUCAAAGGUGGUCAAGUGGACACCUGCUUCCAACUCCGUGGAGUCAUGUUUCCUAUGCAGACAUAAUUGAAGUCAAGUUUGACAGAGCAGCUGAAGAUAAUGCGUACGGUCCCAACAGAGUUUGUUGUUCUUGUUUGACAAGGGAGGACCUGUGAGCCGACUUGUCACAGAACCUUCCAGCAAAAACAAAGCUACAGUAUGUCUAAGUGGCUGAAUGAUGGGGAGGUGCUGGAAGGUCAAGGCAGCGGCGAGGCUGUACCUGUAAGCCCGCGACCUCAGAGCAUGUCAGCAGGGAGCCCCAGACUGGCCAGGGGCCGCAGCCCUCUAAGCUCGCCCACCCCUAGAAAGGCAACAGCAAGCCCGCAGGCAGCAACCAUGGGGAAGGCCAAGCAGCUGUUUGUGUUGUGUGACAAAGAGGGGAAAGGCUUCAUCACGAAACGGGACAUGCAGAGGCUACAGAUGGAGUUGCCUCUGUCGCCCGAACAGCUGGAGACCGUAUUUGAGAGUUUGGACCGCGAGAGCAAUGGGUUCCUUACACCACUUGAGUUCAGCAAUGGACUUGGAGAGCUGAUGGGGCAUAACGACACGACUGAGCAGAGCCAAGAGCUUCCAGGCAAAGACAUAGACCAGGUGGAUUGGUCGGAGGAUGCUGCUACAAUAAGACUUACUGACAUUCUGAAUGAGCUUGGCGCUGAUAAACUUUCUGACAGUCAGCAGGAGCUUUGUACUUUUUGGUGUGAGCUGCAGAGAGAGCGGCCAGAGCUGCUCAGGCUCCUGGAAGGCAUCCUGCUCCACGCUGUCACACAUCUGGGGGACUCCAUCAGAGAGAGAGACAGCCUGGAACAAGCUUUGCGCAGACGGGAGAGUGAACACGAUCAAGUUGUUCAGUCUAUGUACGAAGAAAUGGAAAACCAAGUCCGAGAGGAACGAGAGAAACGCCUGGCUAAGGAGAGCAUCAGACAGAAGCAGAAAGGAAUACAGGUUGAGGAAGAGUUGAAGAUGCGGGACCAAGAGUUGGAGAUAACCUUGAGCAAACAGAAAGAGCUGGAGAGCAAAAUGCAGCAGCUCAUCUGUGAGCAGGCUAACAUCAAGGAACAGAACCAGGAGCUGCGCAGCCUCAACGUCCAGCUUCAGGAGCAGGCAGAGAGUAGUAGGAUGCAGCUGCAGGCUGCUAUGUUUCAGCUGGCACAGCUACAGCUCAGCGCUGCACAGGAGCAAGCGGCCAGACAGCAAAAUAUGAUCAAAGUGUCAAGAAACAUGCAGAAAGAGAAGGAUAGUCUCCUGCGACAACUCGGCUUGUUGAGGGACAUGAAUAAAAGGCUGCGGGAUGAGAAAGAUGCCCAGCUGACCAAGAAUAGGAGUCCAAAUAUGGAAGAAACUUUGCAGAAGACAGGGUCAGUUGUAGGGCACUACUUUCUCCAAGAGAAGCCAGUGAAAAGACGGCUGACCUCGUACGAUGAGCAGGAACAGGACACAGAGAAAAUAGCAAUAGAUUCAAAGACAUCAUGUAGAGUCAGGUGUGAGAGAGUUGGGCAGAGCAGACUUAUGAGUCCUCCUCAGCACGUGUUCAAGUUGGUCUUCCUUGGUAGCUCAGGGGUGGGGAAGAGCGCCUUCAUCCAGCACUACUGCACAGGACAUUUCUGCAGCCCUAGGAGCGAAACUGCUGGUGUUGAUUUCCAGAUGAAGAUCAUCUCUAUGGGCUCUACCUCCAUCACCCUCCAACUGUGGGACACUGCCGGUCAGGAAAGGUUUCGCUGUAUCACCGAACAGUACUACCGCAAGGCCGACGCCAUCCUGGUAGUGUAUGACAUCACUUGGUCGGCCUCAUUCACCGCUGCGAGAGAGUGGAUAGACUCUGUGGAGGAGAAGAUGUGCGAUGGUGCGAUGCUCAUGCUGCUCGGAAACAAGUUGGACCUGGCUGACAGUCGCUGCAGGAAAGUCGCAGAGAGAGAUGGACAGAAGUUGGCAGAGCAGCACCGGGCCUCGUUUUAUGAAUGCAGUGCCAAAACUGGAGCGAACAUGGAGGCGCUGAUGACUCAUCUGGCUGAAAUGGAAACUCGGAGGGAAAACAACAACACCUGUGGGACAAUUUGUCUAAAGUAUCUUCUCUUUAUAAUUAACAUUCUUUUUUGGCUGGCAGGGGGUGCCAUGCUGGCCGUGGGUGUGUGGACUCUGGUGGAGAAGAUCGACUACAUCAGUCUGCUGAACUCCAGCUUCUACACCGCGUCCGCUUACAUCCUGAUCGCCGCCGGGGCCGUUGUGAUCAUCAUUGGCAUCAUUGGAUGCUGCGUCUCUCUGAGGGAGAUGAAAAGUCUUCUGAUUGUGUAUUUGGUCCUGUUGCUCUGUGUUUUUCUGCUGGAAAUCGUUGCCGGGGUCUUGACAUAUAUUACCUACCAAGAGUGUUUCCCUUUCUGCCACCAGCCGGAUGAGGAGCUGAGGCAAAAUCUCAAGGUGACCAUGCAGCAGAAAUACCAACAAGCUGGGGAGGAAAGCGUCACACAUGCUGUGGACAAGCUCCAUCAGGAGUUCCAGUGCUGCGGCAGUAACAGCUCCUCGGACUGGAAAGACAGUGUCUGGAUCCAGGCCGCACAGGACCAGCAACUUGUUCCCGACAGCUGCUGUAAAACUCCCAGCAGCCUCUGCGGCCUCAGAGACCAUCCCUCUAAUGUCUACAAGGUGGAGGGAGGCUGCGUUGUGAAAUUGGAGGAGUUUAUUCUCAGUCAGCUGUAUAUUGUGGGUGCACUGGGCAUUGGGAUUGCAUUUUUACAGCUAUUUGGGAUGAUCUUUACUUGCUGCCUUCAUCAAAAUCUGAAAGAUGAGCCAUACUGAUGAUGUAUUUUUUUAGUGUCAUUACCUCAUGAGCGCUUGGAGACUUAAGUGCCUUCAAUUGACAAGUUUGGACUUUUAAAUUGUACACGCUUGAGCCACUUUUAUGCUGCUGGGCAGCACUUCACUGCAAAAUGUUGUCUUCCUUUUUAUGUGGAGGAUAAUGCAGAAAAAUGCUAGCUUCAUGUGGUUUUAUGUUAUUUACAUCGACUGCACUGCUGUUUUUGGUGUGUCACAUGGUUUAAAGAAAUGCACGCUCAAUAUAAUAAUAAAAAUAAAAAUAAUUGUGUUCGCGUGAUUGCCAAUAAAAAGGCAUUUUAUUAUUUCUAUGUAUUGUUGACAAUGCAUUUUAGUGAGAAUGUCAUACAACCCGGCAGACGUUUGAGGGAUUUGAUUUUUGUUUAAUCAA